AUGGCGGCAUCACGAGUCCCGAUGCUGCGGCACCUGCUGAGCUGCCAGACACGCAUGCUGCGCGCGUCGAACCAGCGGCGCUGGGCACAAGUGCAUGAUGUGCGCUUCCUGGCGACAACGCAGCAGCCGACUCGGACCGUGCUGGAGAAGUACCGCGAGAAGUUAGAGCGCAAGGCGCGCGAGGAGGGUCUUCCCGACAUCGAUGCGCUCAAGGCAGCCUACAAGGACAAGAUCGAGCAGUUCCGUAAGGAGACGGACCGCGUGGUACCGCCGGGACUGCUGGAGCAGCAGAGGAAGAUGCAUGAACUGGUCAAGGAGCAGAGGGGAAAGAAAGAUGGUUCGGUGACGGGGAAUGCGGCUUCGCAGGCAGCCGCUGCUGGCGGUGAAGAGGUUUCUCCAACAGGAGUAAAACCAUUGUCAGCUAUCCUCGAUCUCCCCAAGGCCUCUGCUCUGCCCACCGAAGAGCUUUCUACAAUCUGGCGAGUCCAUCAUCAGGCCAAGCCUAACUCCCUCUGCGCUGUGAUUCCCGCCAGAACUUUUGAGGCCAUGGAGACCCUCGCGAAAAGCUACCCCCAGUUCGUGCUGCCCGUACCACACCCUGACCAAGGCGGCGCCGAGAUGCAUUUCCUACAGUGGACGUGGGACGCGGCCACGCGCUCGGCUACUGUCCUGUUCACCCAGUUGGCUGAGUAUAAGGCGCGCGGAGAGUUUGCGGUGCCACAUACGACUGUGACGCACUAUAAGGAUUUGGCCCAGGAAAAGGGGGUGGUUUUGAUGCAGGGCAUGGUAAUGGAUGAUAGGGGAGUGAAGGUGGACGACGCACGAUGGCUUGUGAUGUGUCUGCAGAGGUUUUACGGAGGGUGGGAGCUAAGCGAUGCAGACGGUGUGCAGAUGAGCAAGGAGGCUCGGGAGAGGGCCGGGGAGAGGAGGAAGUUGUUGGAGUGGUUCGGUAAAGGGGAUACCAGGUUCAGCGUUGAGAAGCUGAUGGAAGAAGCUGAGAAGAUGGGUUAG